CAACCUGGAAGCGAAAAGCGGCGGAGGCGGAGUGUCUGAGUCCGGUGCGGGCUCUGGGCCCCGGGACGAGGUGGGCCAGUGAUUGACAGGUGCGAGCCCCGGGAACUGGUGGGGGAAGUCGGUGCGGUAACAGAGGCGCUGAGCAGCCCCUCCUCCCCGCCACCGGGUGAUCCCCGGUCAAAGCACCCGGGCCCGAGUCAGGGGCAACCUUUACCCUCAAGCCCCAGCUCCGUCUCUGCUCCAUCUCGGCUGUCUCCGCUGGUAGCGAUCGGGAAAGAGCGACAUUCAGCAGUUGUUGCCAAGGAGGACUGUGCAGGGCAAAGACAAACUACAGGGUACUCUGCAACUUCGGGUGUACAAUGUGUGCAUUUCCAGCUCAAGGACCUGAAGAACUGUGGAUGUCUCUCACUACAGUUUGAUGAAUUCAUUGACAUGACCAAAACAGCCCAGCUGAUCAUUUUAAGGACAUGACAACUAAAGAGGAUCUUGUCACCUUUAGCUCCUUAAAGAGAAAACAAGGGAUGAGGAUAUCUACAACAAAUGCAGAAGGGGAAUUCCAGAAACCAUGACUUCGAAAGUACAGUUGCUAUGUUGGGGUCAUACCAAUUUGGGGCAGCUGGGGCUGGGUGACGUACAGGAGAACAUAGUUGUUCAGCCAAGAAUGUCUUCAUUCUUCAGCGGUAAAACUGUACGAGAGGUGUCCUGCGGGAGGUACCAUACGGCUUUCGUUCUGCAAGACGGAAGCGUCUACACAUGUGGCUCAAAUAUCUGGGGACAGCUGGGCCACGAGAAAGCAGGUUACAGUCCAGAACAAGUUGCAGCACUAGAUGCCCAGACGAUUGUCCACACAGCUUGUGGAGAAGCCCACACUGUUGCCCUCAAUGAUCAAGGUCAGGUCUUUUCAUGGGGAGCAGGAAGAGAUGGUCAACUAGGGAUUGAUUCCACCGAGGAGACUAUCCGAAUACCAAGGUUAGUCCGGACGUUGAAUGGAUGCGUGGUCAUACAGGUCACUUGCGGAAGCUGGCAUUGCAUGGCACUUACUAAAGAUAGCCGUCUCUUUGCUUGGGGCCAGAAUGCUCAUGGCCAGCUGGGCUUAGGGAAAAGUUAUCCCUCUCAGACCAGCCCCCAAUGUGUCAAAUCUCUGACUGGGAUUCCGCUGGCUCAGAUCGCUACAGGAGGGACCCACAGCUUCACUCUGUCGCUGUCGGGGGCAGUGUUUGGCUGGGGGAGGAAUAACUGUGGUCAGCUGGGACUCAGUGACGAUAAAGAUCGAGAUGUUCCCAAUCAUGUCAAGUUCCUGAGGACACAGAAGAUUGUUUACAUUAGCUGUGGUGAGGAGCACACAGCAGCUCUAACAAAGAAUGGAGGUGUUUUUACUUUCGGAGCUGGUCUUUGUGGGCAGCUGGGACAUAACUUCAUAAAUAAUGAAAUAAAUCCUCGCAGAGUCCAAGAAUUGAUGGGAAGUGAAGUCUCCCAGAUAAGCUGUGGAAGACAGCACACGCUUGCCUUUGUCCCAUCUUCGGGCCUACUCUUUGCAUUUGGACGUGGCAACAGAGGUCAGUUAGGAUCGGGACAUACAGUUAACUGUCAGGUUCCACACAAAGUAGCUGGAAACUGGGUAACUCACACACACAUGCCACGUCCUAACGAUCAGUCCAUGUAUCGUGUGCUGAAACAUGUUUGCUGUGGAGGUGAUCAGAGUUUCGCCCUUUUCUUUCACCAGGAGAAUUCACAAGUCCCUGAUGAUUUCCGCUGUUUGGAUCCUUUGAAAUGUGUCAGGGUAAUCAACAGCAACGUGAAUCGGUGGAUGCUAGGCCUUUCAGGGAAGGACGUACUUAACGAAUUAAACGCGAUAUUUUCAUCACCUUCGAGUUUGAAUGGCAGUUUCCUUGACCAUCGUAAUGACGAGCAUUUUAAAACCAGUUCUCGAAAGCCUGGAAUUGACUUGAAGGCUGCCAGGUUGUUUUUUGAGAAGAUGGUGACUUCUCCGUAUGCUAAAUUACUACAUCAGGUUACUGUGAGUUUAGAGAAUCAUUUGAUUUCCCAGUUACCAACUUCGCCGCCGGAUGUCGAGGCCAUGAGAGCCUUUUUGAUUUUACCGGUACUUCCUCUCUUCCGAGAGUCUAAGAACUAUUUGACCUUUGCUCUGCCAUUCGCUGCAGCCAUUCUCCACUUGGAUGCCAACCCAAGCAAAGUGUUGGACAACUGGUGGUGUUGGGUGGAUGCUGGCUAUUUCUGCCAGCUGGUGGAGCUCUAUAAAGAUGCAGUGGUCUACCUUCUAACCCGGAUGAGGACCUCUCUGCUGGCUCCUGUGUUUAGCCAUUACAUCAUUGACGCUCUCCGGGUUUUGGAAAAGUUGCACAAGGUUAAUUUGAUUGCGAACCAUAUUGACUAUGAGGUAUUCUACAUCCAUGAGCUGAACAACUUAGUCAACAUUGAAACAGAUUUUCUUUACUGGGCAUCUCAACAUGCUGGCGUAAAAAUCCAGCCAGCUAUCGCAGAGGUCCCCAUUGCUUUCUGCUCCUACCCUUUUGUCUUGAAUGCUCAGGCAAAGACAAAGAUGUUACAAACUGAAGCUGCGUUGCAGAUGCAGAUAGCGGUGAACAGGACCAGCCUAGAGAACAUCUUCAUGCUUCUCACCCUGGGUCCUUUCCUGACCAGCAGCCCAUUCCUGGUUUUGCACGUUCAGCGGACUAAUCUGGUCAGUGAUGCCUUGAGGGAGCUCAGCAUCCAUUCAGACGUGGACUUGAAAAAACCUUUGAAGGUGGUGUUCCUGGGUGAGGAGGCUGUGGACGAUGGAGGUGUGACAAAGGAAUUCUUCCUGCUGUUGCUAAAGGAGCUACUGGAUCCUAAAUACGGGAUGUUCACAUACUAUGAGCAGUCCAGGCUUUUGUGGUUUUCAGAGAAAACAUUUGUGGAGUUGAACUGGUUCCACCUGAUUGGGAUUCUCUGUGGCCUGGCCAUCUAUAACUUCACUGUGGUGGACCUACGCUUUCCCCUUGUGUUGUACAAAAAGUUGCUGAGCGUGAAACCCACUCUGGAGGACCUGAAAGAACUUUCUCCCACUGAAGGCAGGAGCCUGCAGGAACUGCUGGAUUACCCUGAUGACAAUGUUGAAGAAACAUUCUGCCUCAAUUUUGCGAUUCUUCGAGAAAAUUAUGGCCUUACAGAGCUCCAGGAGCUGGUUCCCGGAGGUAAGAGCGUGCCUGUGAGGAAGGACAACAGGAAAGAAUUUGUCCAAGCUUAUGUGGACUACAUCUUCAAUAACUCUGUCCAGGAGCUGUUUUCGGCUUUUUCCUGUGGUUUCCUCAAGGUUUGUGGAGGGAAGGUGCUUCAGCUUUUCCAGCCCAAUGAGCUGAUGGCCAUGGUGGUGGGGAACACCAGUUACAACUGGAAGGAGUUAGAAAUGAGUGCAAUAUACAAAGGGGAUUAUCAUCCUGCACAUCCUACUAUAAAGAUAUUUUGGGAAGUCUUCCAUGAGUUUCCUUUGGAAAAGAAGAAGUUGUUUCUGUUGUUUUUGACUGGAAGUGACCGCAUUCCUAUUUAUGGGAUGGCAAGCAUUCGGAUGACCAUUCAGCCUACUGCCGGAGGGGAGAUCUACCUGCCUGUGGCUCAUACCUGUUACAACCUGUUAGAUCUCCCCAGGUACUCCAAUAAAGUGAUGCUGAGCACCAAACUCACUCAGGCUAUUAGUCACCAUGAAGGCUUCAGCUUAGUAUGAAAUGAACCCUUCACUCUUGCCCUGGAUAGGGCAUUUAUCAAUUUUAAUAAGCACUUUAUUAUUAUUAUUAUUAUUACUAUUAUUAGAGAUUAUUUUACAAAAUACGGGCUCAUUCCUUCUUGUCCUGCAAGAUUAUUUUACACAAUAAUCUGAGAGAUGAUCCUUUUGGCGAUGAUUCCAAACUGUCAGGUACAUUUUUAAACGAGUCAACUGCUUUUGCUGCAGCUGCAUAAUUUUUUAAAGUAUUAAGUUUUUUUUAUUGGAAUGGUAAUGAGUUUUUAAUUGGCGUUACGUUAAAAGGGGGAUUGAUUGGCCCUGGCGGGGAUACUUUUAUUUUUCCUGAGUUUCAGUGAUGAUAGAACCUUUUGAAAUGUAUGUGACUGAAGCAUAGCAUUGCUUAGCAGAGAAGGAGCCUGUGCUUAUUGCAAACUUAAAUGGAAGACGGGGAAUAUCAUUUGCCAGUCACUGAGUAUAUCCAAGGUGUGUUUAGACAGAUUUCGAUGGGUGAGUGAGUCAAGAGUUAUUGCGUGUGCGUGUUCACGUGCGUGUGUGUGUGGGACCUGUUCCACUCAUACCUCCUCCCCUUCUGCCAGCAACAUAAAGAAAAUACUGUUUUCUAGCCCCUUGCAAUUCUGGAGGCGUCAUACUGGAUUCGGAAUUUUAACUCUCUCUAUCUCUCACUCUGCAGAUGCUGUCAGACCUGCUGAGUUUCUCCAGCACUCACUGUUUGCAUUUUGUUAUUAGCUCUUAGCAUGCUGGAGAUAAGCUUAAUAACCCCGACCCCUAUCUCAGACAAGAAUCACCUUCACAACCAGGGGCACAGGCUAAUGCUGUGGGACGCAGGUUCAAAUCCUGUCACGGCCGCUGGGGGAUUUAAAGUUCAUUUAGGUUCAGACAGAGCUGAUCCCAGUAAGGGUGAGGAUUAUGACAACCAGCUAACAUGGAGUGUUGUUCACAAAUACCCUUUAGGGAAGGAAAUCUGCCCUCCUGCCUCAUAUGUUCAUUAGGUCUACUUGUGAUGCAAGGGUAAGGAAAUUGAUGCUGAAUUGCUGCAAGGGCACUGGGCAGCAUUUUGCCAUGACUGAACAAAGAAAAAUCAGACCAGUCCACAACCUAGUAGAAUGGCAGAGUUGGUUUAAAGGACCCUACCCCUGCUCCUAAUCCUUAGGACCACAUGUAUGACCCUCCUCCCCAUUACUGUUACCACCCGCCCCAGGUGCACCCUCUUUUGCCGAGUGUGCCCCCCCAAAUCACUGAAAAUGCAUGGGCCAAGGCUUUGACAUUUUUCUAAGUGUAACAAUUGCAGAAUCAGUCUCUGACAAAGAAGCAAAUUGGGUGCCGACGGGACCAUCAGCUCUCCUUCCACACCAUAUUCGACGGUCCGCUGGGAAAGACAAUCAGGCAGGAUGCAGUGAUGGGUGGUCGAUUGGAGGCCUCAACCCAAGGACCAACUUCACGCCCAUCCUGAAUUGUGCUGCGCACAGCGCCAUGUUGUUUUUAUUAUUCUGCCUGCAACCGUGUGCAGUGUGGAACACUCAACUGCAUAGGAGCCCAAAGAAGCGUUUUUAAUGGUGAAAACUAGACAUAAUCAGAAUACAAUAAUCCAUGUAAUAACAAAAUGGCUAUCACCUCGUAAAUGCUUUAAGAACAAGCAAUGAACACUUCUGUCAGGAAGUGGUGGAGGUGGAAAGGAAGGGUCAUUGUAUGUUUUUAUGGUACAAGUAGAUUCUUGUUAGGCAAGGAAUUGAGGGUUAUCGGGUAGAUGGGAAUGUCAAAUUUGGGACAAAAAGAUCAUUAGCAAUCUUACUGAAUGGUGGAGCAGGUUCAAAUGGUUUUGCCUCUGCUCCUGAUUUGCAUGUUCUUUCAAACGGGUCCAUUGUAGGAGUCAUUUUGGAUGCACAACAAGUGCUAAUGUUGCCAGCCAUGCUUGUGAGCGAGAAUCUACUUUUUGAAGAAAACAAAAGUUGGUUUCAGGUGUCUUAAUGUUGUCUUAACGAAAGCUUUGUAAAAUAUUGUAACAUGCUUGUACAAAUCCCUUGUUUGACAGAAUGUGAGCAGAAUAGUGAUCAAUUUUGUCUUUUUAUUUUGAGUUGAAAGGUUUUGUUUCCUUUCUUUUGAUUUCUUACGUGAGAGAAAACUUCAGGUUAAAUCCACCUGUGUGUAUGUUUCUUUUUGUAAAAUGAUGUUUUUGAAUAGCUAAGUAAAUAAAUGAAGCCAAAAGCUGUGGUUGUUUCUCACAUAUUUUACCAUCUAGAGAAUUUUAUGUGGGGUGUACAGUUAGCGUACGUUAGACAAACAUUGCAGAGUGAUCUGAUCUGACAUCAUUUGAUUAGACCGUACAAUAUAGGAGCAGAAGUUAGCCAUUCAGCCCAGUGACUCUGCUGUGUAUUCAGUAAGAUUAUGGAUGAUUGACAAUCCUCAGUUCUAUUUUCUUGUCUUUUCCCCCAGUUCCCAACUUAAAGUCAUUGCAACCUCCUGCUCAUGAUGGCCCUCUGGCAGCUCCCAGUGGCCAGAGGCUGUAAAUGCAGCAUGGUGUUGAGAUACCUGUCACAUAAUCAUCAAUACUACAGGUGAUCUGCAAUGUCGGGGUGAAGAUAUAGAUGUGUUAAUGAGACAACUCAAGUUUGUGAUGAGGAGGGAAAUAUUCAUUGCUUUAUUUUCUUUCCACUUUUUCCUGUACACCUCUGAAACUUACGCAGUAGUUAGGAUCUAUAAAGGAAAAUAAGACUUUGAUAUGUGGCCGCUGAGGUGUAAGAACUUCUAGAAUGGCAGAGCAGACUCAAUGGUCUAAAUGGCCCACUUUAUGCUCUUCUGUCUUAAGGUCUAAGCAUGUGCCAGUUUAGGGUGUGGCAAACGGAAAAUAAUACUAAAUUUGUACAAUAGGCAAAAAAAAUCCAUGCAAAUGGAUAGAUUUAUCUUUGGAUUCUGACGGGACUGCACAGGUGAAUUAUCCUGAGUUCUCAGCAGGCUUGCAGGUCACUUGUUUUGCUGUAAUAAUAUGUUCUUGAUACACAAAUGAAAUGAUGCAAGUAUGUACAGCAAAAAUAUAUUUUUUGUCAUACAAAAUACAAUCACGUUCAUGUACAAAAACGUACGCAUUCAUGUUUCUCCUGUUUUUUUUUGUAGUGUCCACAUUCAAAGAUAAAUGUUAACACCAGUACAGUCUGCUUCUCUUACUUGUUGACAUUUUGCUUUUCUUCCCGUAAACAUUGAUUUAACGCCAAGGGCCCAGAGUUUACAUGUUUUGCAAGGUGUACCUGGGCUCCUGUCCCACCCGAGCUGUAAGAUAUGCCACACGGCACACAGAUCAUGCCCACGUACCAAACCAAGUCAGAGAGGUCAGUCGCCUUAGCUAGACCCUAGCAGAGGCUAUCAAAAUAACAGCGGCUAGAGACGGAAAUAAUCAUGGAAUGAGGAAACUUGCAAUUAUAUCUACAUUUCAGCAGUUUCAACACCAGUUGGCAUUGCUGCAUCACUUUGACUCGAGUGUGGUGUGUUGGGCGCAGGGUUGAAUUCAAUUAUUGUGCAAUAACUUUUUUUUGAUUUUCUUUUUCGUAGCAGGGACUAACUGGACCAAGGAUUGGACACAGUUUGGGCUUUCCGCUUUCAAAGCCAUGUAUUCAUCCCCAGCUUAUAAUCUCCAUUUCUUUGACAUUGCUUUCAUAAGGAGUUAUAUUUGAAACUGUUAUGUGUAAAUGUCCUGUUGCAAAUAUACCUCAACAGCAAGAGGGGCACUCUGCAGGAAGAGUACAAAUACUAUGAUGAGUUUGUGUUGCUGGCUGCCAAGGAACAUAGGUACUGGCUGACAGGAGGCACAUCAAAUGGAAGACUUUUUUAAACUGUUAAGACAUUGGUAGUCAAAGCAGUUAACAACUAGAUAAGGUGUAUAUGUGUGUACGCGCACAAGGGACCUACCAGCCUGUUCUAUCAGUCAACUGAGCACUGAUCAGUUUAAGUACAUACAUCUGCCCUUUAUCCCCCAAUUUUCCUUGAUAUCCUUGCCAACCCGUCUCUGUUUGAGAAUUUCACUGGAACAACAUUUUUAUUUUUGAAGGAGAUUGGAAAUCAGUAGAUUUCCACCACUCAUUAUGAAGUGUGUGCCAUUUUCCUAUCCCGUUAGGGACUGCUGGACAUGUUGCAACUGGCUAAGGCAAAAUCCAUUCCAUCAUAGAGAGGUUUUAUUUUUUAAGUGCAAAAGAUUCAGAGAACUUCAAACAAAAGAAUGGAGCUUUCUAGCCAAGGAAAUUACAGAAUUCUCUCAAUUCCGAUUCUGUGAAUGUAAUUUUGAAAUUCAUACUUCAGUUCAGCUGGUUCUUAGCCCUUUCUCAAGCUCCCUCACCAUCCUGGCUGCUUCGUUUUUGACGGCUAAUUUCAAAAGUAUGAUUGCUAUCUCUGGUCUUUCUUCUCCCUUAUCAAUUUUGAAUUUUCAGGGUUCAACUUGGCUUAAUGCACUUUUGCUCAAAAGGCCACUUUGACGAAAGGCUGGGCAAAGCAUUUGCAGUUCUUUGUGCAAAACUGAAUCCCGUCUUCUUAGCUACAGCAAUCUUUGGCUUAACUUUCUGCAGGUGGAGGAAAUGGAAGAGGGCCUUUUCAAAAUCAAAUUUGAAAACAAAAGAGAUCAAAUGCACAUUAACUCAGCAGCAUUAAAUUUCACUGUCCCAUCUCAGAAUUUCCUCCCCAUCUCACCCACAGGACUUCUGGUUUGAUCAAUGGAACUCAAUGAAGGGCCACUGCACACCCUCACUCCAAUCUUCCCAGGUUGUAAGUGCCUUUGCUAAAACUGCAGCACAGCCAGGAAUGCGUUGUCAAUGUGGAUGCUUUAGAAUGCAAUGAACUUGCUGAGGUAAAUGCAAUAGGAAUUAAUUUGGAUGGAGAUGUCUGAAAAAUGGAAUUAUUCUUUGUGCACUCACCAGGUUUGGAGAAAAAUUCAAUUUUCCAAGUAAGUAGGAAAUUAAGGCGCAUAGGACAUCUGCGCCCAAUCUGAAGACCCUACCAUUAUAUCUGUGAAAACAGCUAACAUAUUAUUUCUGAAAUUUUAGUCACUAUUUCCACAUUCAUAUAACUCAACACUAGCACAAGUGAGACAGCAACGUGCUGGGGCCAGGAGCUUCAGACAGGUACAGAGAUAGAUGUGAAUAUUAAUUACAGGUUUUAAGAGUUGUGCAUGACCCCUCCUUGGACAACCCCACACUGCGUUGUCUGUUGUUAAAGUGAACCACGUUAUUGCAAUCACUGCUUUCUCAAAUCAUUCUCUUGUGGUGGCCCUUUACUGAUGAUAAAGCUUUUAAAAUUGCUCCUGAACUCAUGCUGUUCUGUACAGUUUGUAUGGUAAAAUGAGACUAAACAUCAAAGAAGGUAUGGUUUUUCAUAGCUGGCACAGAACUCUCAAGGGUUGCCACAAGAUUCUUAAUGACUCCAGAGAUUUAAAGGCAGCUAUGCCCAGGAGGUAAAAGUCCAGGGGGGCUGGAGGACGCGAGUAAUUGGACUGGGAUAUGUCAGUACUAUUCAGUCCUUGUUUAGAGGUAAUCAAAUCUAUUCUCAAUUCUAUAUUUUCCAUUAAAAUUGCUGUGCAAACAUUUAUAAUACAAACUGCCUUUACAAGUUUGCCAUGCUACAAGUGUACCAUUAUUGGGG